GCAGCAUGAGUCACGGGGGGCGGAGCUUUGUCAGCAGCCGACUUCUGUGUGUCCGGCUCUCGCUGCAGAUUAUUCUGGAUCUGUCUCCGUCUCAGCUUCUGAUCAUGGCCGGAUCCUCUGAGAGACACGGUUCGGUGGAGCGCAUCGGAUACAUCACGAGAGUCCAGAGCUUCAGCGCCUGUCAUCGGCUCCACAGUGUUCACUUGACCGACACGGAGAAUAAAGAAGUGUACGGAAAGUGCAACAAUCCUAACGGCCAUGGACACAACUACAAAGUGGAGGUAACUGUAAGUGGAAAGAUCGAUCCUGUAACCGGCAUGGUCAUGAACCUGACAGACCUGAAGAAAUGUAUUGAGGAAGUCAUUAUGAUUCCACUGGACCAUAAAAACCUGGAUAAAGACGUCCCUUUCUUUGCCAGUGUUGUCAGUACAACAGAGAAUGUGGCUGUUUACAUCUGGGACAACAUGGCAAAGGUGCUUCCGCCCAACCUGCUUUAUGAGAUCAAGAUAUAUGAGACGGAUAAAAACAUCGUCAUAUAUCGAGGAGAGUAGACAUCUGAGUGCUCAUAUUGUGGUUGGUGUAGUCGCCUUAAAGUGCUAUUAAUUUCUCUCUGUUUAACUGCACUGUCCGCUUACAGAUGACUGAAGACUCAGUGGAUGUUUUUACUUUUCUAUACCAAAGAUUGCGUCGCAAAUCCAAAUGUUUAAUAUUCUUGUACAAAUUUUAUUCUUGUAAAGGUGGAUGACCUUUAGACCAGUGAUCUUUUUGGUUUAUGACUGCUUAAAACAAAACAAGGUGGUCAUGGGAACAAUGUGAAAAAUGGUGAAUAUGCAGAUCAUUGCUGUGGACUAAUCACGUUACUUAAAACUUGGUUCUGAACGGUGGUUUUAGCCUCUGUGUCCUCUGCUCUCUGUGUCGAAACUGUUUACAUGAGUGAAGUUUUAUUUUCAUCAACCAAACACCAGCAGCAAUGGAGACAGGACACAGCUGUUGAACAAGCACAGACUUGCACAGCUGUAGACUCCACAGUAUGCUAAUUUUAACCAAACAUUAACUCACUAUAAAUGUACAUAUUUGACUUUACUGUAUGUGUCAGUUGUGGUGGGGGCAAUAACCGACAUCACUUUGUACCUAGUUGCUUUGUUUUAUUUAGUUAGAGGACAAAGGUGUAUAAAGGGGUUCCAACUGAUUUACACCCUCACAGUUUUCCAGAAGUCUCUACUGAAACAAAGUCAUUACUUCAUACAUGGUGGGAGCUUAUCCCAACGUUACACCUUCAUAUAUCUGAUGGUUGAUGCCUUGGUUCCCUAUCAUGUAUCCAUCAGAUCCAUAGAAAUACUGACAUCUAGUGGUUGUGCAGCUCUCAACUUGCUGCUUUAGACUUGACUGUGUAGCUGUUCUGACACUGAAUUUAUUUCUGACAAUAAAUGCAAAGUGUUUUUUGAAAGUG